AGAAAAAAAAGUUUAGGGUUUAAUUAUGUUGACUUUCAAAAGUUUAGGGGUUUGUACUGUAACUGUUCCAAAUAAAAAAAAUGCCUCCAAGCUAGGAGAACGAUCAAGCAAGUGAUUCUCAAUAGAGAGACGAAGAGAUGGAGGUUCCGAGCUCUGAGGAAAUACUUCAAUGUCUGAACUCUUCUCUCUCUCAGAUCAAAUGGAGACUCAAAACCACUUCCAAACGCCGCCUCGAUAUAUAGAUGUGCUGGCACUAUGUUCUGGAAUGAGACCAGUUGUGAUGAUUGACUAUGGUGGCAAGAUGCCUGAGCUUCAGGCUCGCUUGCUUUCACUUCUUCAGCUUCUCCAAGAGGGUUUACCAGUUUUCAAUGAUCUGAGGGUUAUGGUUAUAGAGGAUAUGAUUUACCUCAUCAAUGUAACAAGUCUGCCCAAGUGGUUGAGUUCAGAGCCUGGAUUGUUCUUCGUCGACCUCGAACAAGAUCCUCCACAGAUGUUACAGCAAAGCAAAGAAAGUGAUCUGGGGAUGCAGCUUGGGUCUAUUCAGAAGCUAUUCUCUUCCACAUUUCCUUUAGAUGGGAGCAAUAAUGAUGCCACAUCUCAGUCUUCUUUACUCAUUGAUCUUACUUGCUGCUUACAUGACACUAAGGUUACAAUCCCAACACUAAACGGAUGGCUGCUGGACUAUCCGGUUGUGUAUUUAUUCGGCACAGACCAUAUAGAAGAAGCGAUCUACAACCUCUCAACCAAGUCUCUCCGCAUCUUCAAAGUUCUAGUACAAAGGAGCGGUACAACUGUUGAAGACUCUCAUUUAGAAGAGCUAACAAGUUUCUCGGUGCCGUAUGAUCUGAGUAUGGGAGGUAGCAAGGAAGUGUGGGCUGAAGCAUUUAUGGAGAGGAUGAGUUCAAGGUGAGAAAAAUGCAAACACGUUUGGAGUUCUUUGGAUUUGCAAGUUUCUGAAUGUUACCCUCAAGCAAUUGUUCUUUAAAGGCUUUCACUACUUAAAAAAAAACAGUUGUUCAGUAGACUUGGUAACCAGUUUUUAUUCAUAAGGUAACAGAUUCAAAUCA